GAAAGCAACGUUAUGCGAAUCUGCCCACCUUCGCCUUCACAACGCGCAUAAAUGCAGGCUCCAUAUGCUGCCUCCGAUGCAUCACAGAAGAUAGUAUCUGGAACAUACUCGUCCCAACCAGCUUUCUGCAACCAUAAUUCCUGCAUCAUCAUCUUGGCCCGAAUGACAAUCGGGGAGAUCAGGCCCAGCGGAUCGAACAUGCGAGCUACGUUGGAUAGAAUGGAUCGCUUUGUCGGAAUGGACACAUCACUGGAUAUUGCGGAUUCGAAGGAUAAAACGUCAUGCUCUGGCUCCCAUGAAACACCAAGAGCCUUUACCGUCUCGUGUGCUCGAAGCCGCCUUUGGCGAGCAAUUGAGAAAGCUCGAUUCGCAACUGGCGAGCAUUUCCGAUGGAAUCACCAACACCGAUGA